AUGUCAGUGGGAGCUGGGAAGGAGGGAGUGGGGCGAGCAGUUGGGCUCAGAGGCAGCAGAGGCUGCCAGGCGGUAGAGGAAGACCCUUUUCUGGACUGCGGGGCUUACGCGGGACAAGGCGGUGGCGGGCGCCGGAGGCUGCCGCAGCCUGCGUGGGUGGACGGGCUCAACUCCAGGGAGCAGGCGACUUGCACCGGCUGCAUGGAUCUGCAAGCCUCGUUGCUGUCCACUGGCCCCAAUGCCAGCAACAUCUCCGAUGGCCAGGAUAAUCUCACAUUGGCGGGGUCACCUCCUCGCACAGGGAGUGUCUCCUACAUCAACAUCAUUAUGCCUUCAGUAUUUGGUACCAUCUGUCUCCUGGGCAUUGUGGGAAACUCCACAGUCAUCUUUGCCGUGGUGAAGAAAUCCAAGCUACACUGGUGCAGCAACGUCCCUGAUAUCUUCAUUCUCAACCUCUCCGUGGUAGAUCUGCUCUUCCUGCUGGGCAUGCCUUUCAUGAUCCACCAGCUCAUGGGUAAUGGUGUCUGGCACUUUGGGGAGACCAUGUGCACCCUCAUCACAGCCAUGGAUGCCAACAGUCAGUUCACCAGCACCUACAUCCUGACCGCCAUGGCCAUUGACCGCUACUUGGCCACCGUCCACCCCAUCUCCUCCACCAAAUUUCGGAAGCCCUCCAUGGCCACCCUGGUGAUCUGCCUCCUGUGGGCUCUCUCUUUCAUUAGCAUCACCCCUGUGUGGCUCUAUGCCAGGCUCAUCCCCUUCCCAGGGGGUGCUGUGGGCUGUGGCAUCCGUCUGCCAAACCCAGACACUGAUCUCUACUGGUUCACUCUGUAUCAGUUUUUCCUGGCCUUCGCCCUUCCAUUUGUGGUCAUCACCGCUGCGUACGUGAAAAUACUACAGCGCAUGACGUCUUCGGUGGCCCCAGCCUCUCAACGCAGCAUCCGGCUUCGGACAAAGAGGGUGACCCGCACAGCCAUUGCCAUCUGUCUGGUCUUCUUUGUGUGCUGGGCGCCCUACUACGUGCUGCAGCUGACCCAGUUGUCCAUCAGCCGCCCAACCCUCACAUUUGUCUACCUGUACAACGCAGCCAUCAGCUUGGGCUAUGCUAACAGCUGCCUCAAUCCCUUUGUGUACAUAGUCCUCUGUGAGACCUUUCGAAAACGCUUGGUGUUGUCAGUGAAGCCUGCGGCCCAGGGGCAGCUUCGCACGGUCAGCAAUGCUCAGACAGCUGAUGAGGAGAGGACAGAAAGCAAAGGCACCUGACAAUUUCCCAGUCACCUCCAAGUCAGGUCACCGCAUCCAACCGUGGGGAGAGAUACUGAAAUAAACCCGAGGCUACCCUGGGAGAAUGUAGAGGAAGCUGGAGGCUGGGGGCUUGUGGCAAACACAUUCCA